UCUUUUAGGUCGAGCUGGUCUCUCAUUUUGGCUCUGAACAUUUCUGUCCCCUCAGUCUCAUAAGAGUGUUUGGCACAAGCAUGGUGGAAGAGUACGAGGAGAUAGCCGACCCCGCAGAGAGACCCGAUGAUCAGGACGAUGAUUUGGAUGAUCCUGCUGGACACACGCCUGGAGAAGUCGAGUUAUCCAACAAUCUGAUUGGAUCAGCAAAGGAUGUCAUUUUAAACAUGGUAAAUAAUAUUGCUGUCAAUGUUCUCGGCGGAGGCCAAGAGAUGCAAGGCAACGUUUCAUCUCUGGAAGUGAACACGACCGAGCCAUCACCCAUACUUGAAACCACCUCCCAAACUACAGACCUCACUAUAGUUCCACAAUCUGAAGUGGAAGAUAUCUUCCCAGACCCUGAUAGCCCUGCCACUGAAGCCCCAUCUUCAGAGACACCCACUGCUGAAACUAUCGAACAAGAGCUCCCCCCAGUGGAGGAAAAUAUCAUCGUUCCCUUAGAGAAAAAUGCGGAGGAACACAUCAGCUCUACCAUCAUCCUUCUGGAUAAGGAGGAGGAGCCUGAAGAAGAAAAAGAGAAAAAGAAUGAGCAAGAGAUCCAGAUCUACUGUUCACUGCUUUCUUCUUGCUCUUGCGCUGCUUCCCUGCAGGAGUAUCUCCACCAGCAGUGUGCCGCCCUGCUGUCCAGAAAAAGGAAAUGCCAAACGGUGAACAGAAAGCAAGUGAUUCCUCCCAUCCAAACACCUUCCUGGCAACUUCCUUUAUCCCCCUCUGCCUCCCCUGAACCUCACAUUGAGGAAAAUCAGCCCCAUGAAGAAGAACAAGCGUCUGAACAGGAGCCAGAGAGCGGCGCAGAAACACCAGGCACCGACAAAGAAUCUCAUCAAGAGUGUAUGUCGGAACCUCCUCUGCUGGAGCCCAGUCAAACCUCCAUCCUCCCUACGGUCGCUGAUUCAUCCCCUGCUAAACCAACUCCCAUUGUGGAGACACCACAGAUGUCCUCUGAGGAGCCAGAGAAGAGCCAGGAUGUGCUGGAUGAAGAGAAAAUAGAGCCUUCAGAUUCUCUCUCUAGCUCCAUCUUUGUAAAACCAAGCAUGGACGAUGCCUCUGUGGCACCGACAGAAGAAAAGUCUGACGUUGAGGCAUCCAAAACGGAGAUAGAAGCCCCUAUCGAAACCCAAGAUACGACAGAUGAAUCCCAAGUUCUCCAACCCGUCCCCUCCCCUCAUUUAGACCCUGACCCCCUCAUAGUACCUGGAGGUGGUGACAUUGAAGCUCAAGACUCUGUUAUCGAACUAGAACCCUCCGGUGGUCACAUAGUCGUCACAGAAACAAAACUAGAGGAUUUUGCGGAGGAUUUAUCGUCAUCAUCAUCAGGUGGAAAGCCGGCCGCCUCGGACAUCUACGCAGAGACCCCCAACGGCACGGAGCCGAACGGGAACCCUGUGCACGGAACCAGCCAGAAGGAGUCUGUGUUCAUGAGGCUCAACAACCGCAUCAAGGCUCUGGAGAUGAACAUGUCGCUCAGCGGGCGCUACCUGGAGCAGCUCAGCCAGAGGUACCGAAAGCAGAUGGAUGAGAUGCAGAAGGCUUUCAACCAAACCAUCAUUAAACUCCAGAACACCUCCAGAAUAGCAGAGGAGCAGGUGAGUGGUAAAGGGAAAACAUGUUACUCCAGGUAGAUGCCAUGAGGGAUA